AUGGAAUGCCAGAAGUGUAAAAAGACACUUUCAAAAAAGGGAUCGCAUUUCAUGUGUCAAGGACAGUGUCAGGGGGCUUUUCACAGGAGCUGUGUGAGAGGACUGGCAGCAGAUAUGAAGGCAGAUAUAAAUAGAAUUUACUGCAACAACUGCGAGGAAGAGGGAUCGGAAGUAGAGGAGCCUGAUGAGGAAGAGCAAGAACUGCUAAAAAUCCUGAAAGAUAUACAGAAAAAGGUCAGUUCUAUACCCAGCAUCAGGAAACAUCUAGACACAAUUCAACAAAGUUUAAGUGUGUUAUCUGAUAAGUAUGAUGUAUUGGUUAGUGAGCAGGAACAAGCUAAAGAAAAAAUUACUAAGCUACAAUAUUAA